UGUGUCAAGUCAACAGACUUGUUGCGUUGCUGUCUCUAACCUGCGAAUCAAAUUUAGAUGUGAUAUAUUCAUUUGACUCCUGAUAAUGACACAACCGCCACCAAUGGAUUUCUACCGGGUGUCACUGAGAGGGGCCCCCAAAGGGUCAUUCACUUUGGGAGACAAACACAAGCAAUCCAAACUUCAUAUGAACCCAAUAAUAAUGGAAUUCGAUGGAAUACAACCGUUUCGAAACACACGAGGUGUUGUGACGACCACAGGGAUGUGUAAACCGCACGAAAUUCGGAGUCGACUUGAUCGCUCAACGGCCGACGUUUCCGCCUCGAAAUCGACGGAUCCACGCGACGGAUCUGAUCCCACCUUUGCGGCCGCCUUGUGCAAGAGGCUGUCGAACCUGUCGUCGUUGUCGUUGCGCGAUGAGUCGCCAAGUUCUGGGUUUUUCUCGAGGUCGUCGGCGUCUGAUGACUGUGGUGUGUUGGAGGAGGAUGAGGAGAGCGGGAGGGAUGCGGCUGUGAAGGCGGAGAGUGAGGUGGAGAGUGGAGAGGACUCUGAUUGUUUGGAUGAUCUGAGUGAUGAGGAAUGGGUGGGAAUCGAUAGCCCACAGAAACAACAAGACGGCACCGAAUCAGAGAGAACAAUCACACCCAGUUUGCCUUCUCUCUCUACUUCUUCCAAGAAACAAUUUCUGUACAAAACUUUGGAUAAACAGGCACACACACAAGAAACUUUAUGCCCAGGUGCAUACACCACGUCUUCACAUUCAAUAGAGACUGUAGAUUCAGCUCUGUUUGAGCGUCCGUCGUCGCUUCUUACUCCCAGUUUGUUCCCAAAGUGUCCGCCGACCAUCCAUUUUGCCACAGCAGAUGAGACGAUUGAGUUUGUUUCCAUGGCAACAAAGAGGUUGCUGAAAUGGAGGAUGAGUCCUAUUACGCCGAAUGUUAUCAAGAAUUGCAUCAAACGUUCCGGUUUUACGCCAGCGAAACGUGGUGAUAUCUGGUUGGGUUACUGGGGCAAGCACAUGAAAUCUCCUGCAUUUAAGUCAAUACGAGAAUAUCAGAAGAUAAAUCACUUUCCAGGCUCGUUUCAGAUUGGCAGGAAGGAUCACCUCUCACGUAAUUUGUCAAGGAUGCAGCAUCGUCACGGACGAACGGAGUUUGGCUUCUUUCCUCAGACGUUUAUCCUUCCAUAUGAUUACACUCAACUGAAACAAGAGUUUGAGAAAGGUGGCAAACAGAAGUGGAUUGUUAAACCACCGGCAUCAGCCAGAGGAAUUGGCGUACGAGUGAUUGGCAAAUGGAGCCAAGUGCCGACAAAACGACCAGCAAUAGUUCAAAGAUAUCUCGACAAACCGUUUCUUAUCAAUCAAAGCAAAUUCGAUCUUCGUGUUUACGUUUACGUGUCAUCGUACGAUCCGUUGAGAAUCUACGUGUUUGAUGAUGGACUAGCAAGAUUUGCAACAUGCAAAUACUCGUCGGCGACCAAGUCGUUGUCCAACCGGUUCAUGCAUCUUACGAACUACAGUGUGAAUAAGCGAAAUAGCGCGUUCACUCCGAACUCUGACGAGACGGCAUGUCAGGGACACAAAUGGGGUUUGCAGGCGUUCUGGAGAUACAUGAGGACGAGAGGGAUCGAUGUUGAUGGACUGUGGGAGUUGAUUAAAGACGUGAUCGUUAAAACAGUGAUUAGCUCUGAGUCGUCUGUCAGCAGUCUGAUGAAGGCAAACGUUCACAACAGAUGGUGCUGUCACGAGCUAUUUGGUUUCGACAUCAUGCUGGAUGAGCAUCUAAAGCCAUGGGUACUUGAAGUCAACAUAUCACCAAGUCUUCACUCAAAUUCUCUUCUUGAUGAGAACAUUAAGGGUCACAUGGUGAGGGACCUUCUCAACAUGGCGAGAUUCCACCUUCCCACUGAACGCAAAUCAGUUGAGAAAGCACGCCAAACUGCUACUGCUGCUGCUCGUGUGAGAUCUGGUGGUCUGACUCCUGAUGAACGCGCAAAACAUGUCUUCUACAUACAGAAGCAUCUGGAUGAAGCUGUUCGCCUGUCGAUCCUAACCACACUAACACCAGAUGACGUGCGCAUACUGAUGGAAACGGAAGACGAGCUUAGUAUAUGUGGACGAUUUGAACGUGUUUUUCCCACACCCAAAUCAAGACGCUACUUAAAAUUCUUCGACACAACACGUUAUUACAACAUUCUACUAGACGAGUGGACAAGACAUUACAGACACUGUGUGGAGUCCGGGGUAAAGAGAUUGGUGGCAUACGCGGAGAAAGGUGUCCACCUGGGCGCUACUUCUGAUGCAGAGCAUCAGUGGAGUAAAAGUGACGUUGAGCCUCCCACCUCUACACGACGCUCACUAUCAGCACCCAGUGGUGUCUCCUCUAGUCGACCUACUCGUCCUAAAUCGAGUAAGGACAUGAAUGGAGUGGCAAGUUGUGCACCAGGGUUGCCUAGAAUAUUGUCCAAGGGCAGAAAGUCCGUGUCAGGCAAUAAGGGAACCACAUCGAUGAGUAAAUCCAAGGUGGUGUGAUCCCAAGUCAUAGCUAUUGAAGUCGGGUCUCAUUGUGUCCUCUCUCGUUCUUGUAAAUAUUGGUAUAUUCCUUAAUUAAUUAAACUCAUUUAGUAGUGCAGUGCCUGGCGCCGCAUGUGCUUACACUGUGCGUGUAUCAAUGCUGGCUUUACAAACGAUUGUAAAUCAGGCCGAUGGAAGACUUAAGGCUGUAGACUGGCAGCCGGCGAGUAGCUCGAUGUGAUGCGUUCUCCUUUUCAGGAGAGUUUUAUCAAUGAGAUUCAACUGCAACCUUUUGA